CUAUCCUAUGGCUUUCUCCGCCCGCUUUUUUUCUUGGUAACACGAUCUUUCUUGAAUGCCUUUGAACCUGUGAGCCUUCAAGUCGCGGAAAGUAACCAUAUCGCUAACAGGGGCCCUUGUUACGUUUUGUUAAAUCAGAUCCACCCCUGGGGAAACAAACAACCAUGUCACGAUUAAUUGCCCUCUGUUUGUACCACCGAGACCACUUUUCUGAAGGUCAUAUGCGGGAAUUUUUUGAAUACGAGGCGUACCACUGGAGCAUCAUGAUCAUGCCCGAGGCCAGUGACGGGCGAGACUGCCAUGUCUACGAUGCUACCGACGCGACCUACAUCGACCCUGAGACGUUUCGAAUGAAAAAUCCUACAAUGGACUGGUGGUUCAGGGCCAAGGAAAACAUCGACCCCGCUCUCAGUUCGAAGCUCCUGGGGAGUAUCGUCAUUGGAGAGGUACCGGACGAGGAGGUGACCACGGAUGAUCUCCGGGAGUUUUUUUACCAGAUACCUCUACCGGUUAGAAAUCAGGAUCCCCAGCAGAGCUGCGUAACGUGGGCUGUCAACGCCAUCCGGGCCCUCCAGGAGCAAGGCUGGGUGUGGCGGUUCGACAUUGAUCAGUUUAAGGACUGGGCACUCGCUUAUGCCGAUGAUAGGAUGAGAGGGGAGGAGGCGGAGCAGCCGAAAGUGAUUCAGUACAGUAUAGAGGGGAGUUUGGAAGAGGAGUACAGCAGCAUCAUCAUGUAGAAGAACAAAUUGAGGAAGACGACGAAAAAGACCGA